UCCACCCUCUCCGACUCUCACUCCCACCCCUCUUUGCGCGCACCUGUGCCGCUGCCGCUCGUGCGUCACGACGGCAGCUGGUUCUUUAGACCUUUCUCCCAGUCGAGCUGGCUGCAGACCGAGUCCACCUAUCAAGCCAGCUGCAGGUUCUCCUCUUGCUGCCGCUGUACCCGCUUGUCUUCUCCGCACACUUCACUCGUUUAUCACACAAUAGCAAGAUUCCACCAAACUUUGGGGAUUUUUUUGCGCACAGACUCGCAGUUUGAAAAAACAGCCUAUCAGCGCGACUUCCACAAAAAAAACUUCAAGAGAUAUCAUGCAGAUUUAUGUGGCUGUGAUAUUCGUGUAUGGUGUGUCGGCAUUAAAUAUCACAGAGGAGAGGGCAACAUGUCCCCUUGGAUAUUUCCCCUGUGGCAACCUGACCAUUUGCCUCCCUCAGCUCAUGCACUGCAAUAACAUUGAUGAUUGUGGAAAUCAAGCAGAUGAAGAGAACUGUGGAGAUAAUAAUGGAUGGCCUCAUCUUUUCGACAAAUACUUUGGAACGCUGAGCUACAACACUGGGACCAAAUCCAUCGUAUGCUUGCUGGGUGCAGUUCCUGAGCAAUGCCAGUGCCGAGACCUGGAGCUGGAUUGUGACAGCGCACAGCUUCAAGAUGUCCCGGUGGUGGCCAUGAAUGUCACCAUGAUGUCUCUACAAAGGAACCGGCUUCAGAAACUGAGGGCAAACACAUUCGUUAAGUACAAAAGCCUCCAGAAACUAUAUCUCCAGCAUAACAGAAUUCAAGAUGUGAGCUCUGACGCAUUCAGAGGGCUGUAUAACCUAACGAGACUAUAUCUGAGCUACAAUAAAAUAUCUAUCCUGAUGCCGGGGGUGUUCCAGGACCUGCACAAGCUGGAGUGGUUGAUUCUAGAUAAUAACAAUAUCCAUCAAAUAUCCUCCAUGACCUUUUCAGGACUGAACUCCCUUGUUUUACUGGUUUUGUUGAAUAACUCUUUGACAAAGCUGGAUGACAUCUGUCAAGAACUGCCAAGAUUGAACUGGCUAGAUUUGGAGGGAAAUCUGCUAGAAGCCAUUGGAAACACCUCAUUCUGCUCAUGCCAUAUGCUGACAGUUCUGGUUUUACAGCGAAACUUGAUCAGUCACAUACAUGAACAGGCUUUCUCGGUCCUUCGAAAGCUUGGAGAAUUGGAUCUAUCCAACAACAGACUGAUGUCGAUCCCUCCCAAUCUCUUUGUCUUACUUGCGGAUUUACUCCAACUGAAUAUAUCAUACAAUCCCAUUGUGGAGCUCCAAGUUGACCACUUUGACAGGUUGCACAAGCUGAAGUCAUUGAGCAUAGAGGGAAUAGAAAUUGGAAACAUACAACAGAAGAUGUUUGAAUCUCUCAAACACUUGACUCAUAUCUACUUCAAGAAGUUCCAGUACUGCGGCUAUGCUCCUCACGUGCGCAGCUGCAAGCCCAACACUGACGGCAUCUCAUCCUUUGAGGACCUGCUGGCUAACAUUGUGCUAAGGGUCUUUGUCUGGGUGGUGUCUGCCACCACCUGCUUCGGCAACAUCUUCGUCAUCUGCAUGCGCUCGUACAUCCGCUCUGAGAACAAACUCCACGCCAUGUGCAUCAUCUCACUCUGCUGUGCAGAUGGGCUGAUGGGCAUCUACCUCUUCAUGAUUGGUGCGUAUGACCUGAAGUUUCGAGGUGAGUACAACCGGCACGCUCAGGCCUGGAUGGACAGCAGUCAGUGUCAGGUCAUUGGCUCUUUGGCCAUGCUGUCCACUGAGGUAUCCGUCCUGCUCCUCACUUAUCUCACUCUGGAGAAAUACAUCUGCAUCGUCUACCCUUUUCAGUACUUGACACCUGGCUGGCGACGAACUGUCACCAUCCUUCUCGGCAUUUGGGUGUUCGGCUUUAUUAUUGCCUUCCUGCCUCUGACUUGCAAAGGGCUGUUUCGCAACUUCUAUGGUACCAAUGGUGUUUGCUUCCCAUUGCACUCGGAACAGCCUGAGACGCUAUGGGCUCAUGUUUACUCGAUCAUCAUUUUCCUGGGUCUGAACCUGGUGGCAUUCCUCAUCAUUGUCCUAUCCUAUGCAAGCAUGUUCUAUAACAUCCAGAGAACAGGCACUCAGACCACAAAGUACAGCAACCACAUCAAGAAGGAGGUGACCAUCGCCAAAAGGUUCUUCUCUAUCGUCAUUACUGACUCCCUUUGCUGGAUCCCCAUUUUCAUUCUGAAGAUCCUCUCACUGCUGCAGGUGGAGAUCCCCGGUACCAUCUGCUCUUGGGUGGUUAUAUUUAUUCUCCCCAUCAACAGUGCACUUAACCCCAUCCUUUACACGCUGACUACACGGCCUUUUAAAGAGACCAUUCUGCAGGUAUGGGCCAACUACAGGCAGAGGAGACCAUUGCUCAGCAGUCAGCCAGCUCAUCAUCCGUUGUCGCUCACCUGGCAGGAAAUGUGGCCCCUGCAGGAGAACAGCCACAGCCUUGCCCCAGGGCACCCUCUGGAAGUGACAGGCAUGCUAGCCAAGCUCACCCCUGUGGAAAAUACCAACGAGGGAUACAUUGACAUUAUCGAGUGCACGCAGCAACAACAGAAGCAACAGACAAUCUUGUCACUGCAUUCACAGAAACAAAUGUUCACAUACACGCAAGGAAAUGAACUCAUCUAGAUACAUGGAUCUGUUCGUAAUGUCAUCGAAAUUACACCUCAGCUGAUUAAAUGUGAUUCAGGUUCAUU